AUGUUAGCGAACGAGAGCAUGAACUGCAUGCGACGGAUGGUGAUACUACAAAGUGAAAUGACAGUAGGAUUAGUUGUAAAUGAGGCAGAAUUAGGCGAUACUGAGGCAUUUUUAAUAAUUGAUGAUUGUGGAGUAGAAGCUAAUGGUAAUAGAAUAUUUGAUGCUAAUGGUUUGGGCGUUAACAGACUACUUAGUAAAUAUAUGGAUUUCGUACCACUUUUUCAAUCAUUGUAUUCUCGUUAA